UACACAUUAACCGUGAGCUGCCGGUACAUCCGUGGACUGCGGCACGCUUCUGCUCGCUGAAGGCUUCGAGUAAACCUCAACGCGUCGCCGAGGAUUUGGGUUUUUUGUUUCUAGGCAACGCCUGUCAACAAACGCUGCUGUAAACGACUGGAGAAAAUUCAGAUGCAGUAUCAGGAAAAGAAAGGGGAUAAAGAGGACUGCGGCUGCACGGUCCCUAUAGAGCGGUGUAACAGAAAACCAUCUUGAAACUAGCAAGCAACUUUUAGGAAAGCAGAAUGAAGCCAGCAUGCACUUAAAACAGUGCAAAUAUUUUACCGAAGUGUACUACAGAAAAACAGCAUUGAAAACAGGAUAUAUUGGGAGGGAAAAAAAAAACUGAAUGGCUCACCUGAAAAUGGCACCAUACUCUCAAAUUGGCAGUCUGCCUGCCGGUGACAAAAACCUUUCUAAACUCCCAUCACUGGGGCUUAGAGUGCUACACACAUCUAAGGCUCUGUCUAAACUUGAACUGAUGAAAAACAAUUUUCAACAGAAACAAUUAGAAGAAAAAGAACAAAAACUGAUUGCUAUGCAUAACCAACAACAGCAAGCUGCUCUCUGUAAAGUGAGACACACUUUCCAACCUCAAACUUAUUCUGCAGCACACAGGAGAGUAAGUAGCCAGCCAGGUGUUACCCAGCACAGAGGCUACAAUUCUGCAGGGGGUAGAUGCAACCCUUCAAACCUGCUUGAUCAGGAACCUGCUUCCACUGCACCUUCCAAGAAAACUACUGGGGUGGACAGAGCUUACCCGCUAAAACCAGUUUACUACAGGAAAGCAGUUAGUCUCAAUGACGUAUUCAGAGCUGGAGAUGCCAAGUCCCAGAAGCCUAUGCAGCCAACAAGAAAUUCACCAUUCAAGCCUUCUCCACCUGCAGAUGCUCGUGUAAGAUCCAACCCGAGGACUGGAAGGUAUUCUGGAGUCCAUAACCUUGAGUAUAUGACACCGUCCCCAGCUACUGUAAACCGGUUGAGAGGAACAGCCACCAGGUCAAAGACAGGAGGGCAGCAGCGUUUACAGGGAGAGAAAAGCAGCCCAGAUGAGGAAGAGUGGUACCUACAGGAAGAGAUCAGAAAGAAAGAGGCCGUCCUCCGAGAGAAGCUCAGGAGAACAGAAGAAGAGCUGCGGAGGAUUCAGAGGGAGAGGGAGCUUGUGGAGGAAAGGAAAGAAAGAGAAAAGCAGGGCCAAAGAGGAAGAGCACAGGUAAAAUACCAUUCAGCCUAUUCAACAGGAGAUGAAUCUAGCAGCAGCAGUGACAGUGCUCUUACAGGCCCUUAUAGAGUCUCAGAAGGGUCUGAUGAUGAGGAGCUGAUGAUCAACAUAAGAAGAAAAAUCCAAGUUAAUCAACGGAAAGCAAAAGACACUGCCCAUGUCUCAUAUCCAGCUGAAAAUAACAGUCACAUGAGACCACACUCUCACUCCAAUGAGUCCCGCUCAGAAAAACUUAAAAGAGUCUCUAGCAAUUACAUAUUAAGGGAAAUCAAUGAGUCUCCCAACCGUUAUAGCACAUAUGUUAAACAACAAGGCAAACACUUCUUAACUGAAGAAAACGUCUCUUAUCACAACAUGUCAGUUCCAGAAACUAGCUUUGCCAAUCAUACUGGACAUUUUAAGGAAGAACCACCAGCAGAAAAUGCUGAUUUAACCACAAGCAGUGGUAGGCACUCUAAUCUUUAUGAAGACAAACAAAAUGAGGAUGGCCAGCAUGAUGCAAGGUCCCAGCUGGUAGUCUGUACAUCCUGUAACCGAAAAUUUGCUGCAGACAGACUGGAAAGGCACAGCAAGAUCUGUGAAAAGAUGCAGAAUUCAACACGGAAAGUUUUUGACUCCACCAAGCACAGAGCCAAGGGGACUGACCUGGAGCAAUACAUCAACAGAAGGAGCAAAAAUACUUCACCCCAGCCAAAGAAGAACACCUGGAGACAUAAGCAUGAAACGUUUAUUCGCAACAUUCAGCAAGCCAGACUGGUGCAGGACGUGAUCGCUAAAGGUGGGAAAGCGUCUGACCUGCCUCCACCACUGCCUGACGAGAAUCCAGACUACGUUUCCUGCCCACACUGCGCUCGUCGUUUUGCCCCAAGGGUAGCAGAGAGACACAUUCCAAAAUGUGAGAAUAUCAAGAGCAGACCACCUCCACCGAGAAGAACGUGAUAACAUUGGAGAGACACCAGAGGACUGUUCACAGUGGGGGGGGAAAAGUACAGUUGUUUUCUGUAACUUUAAGAACGAGCCACCUGCCUAUGCUUUUCAGUAUGCUUUAUUUUAUGGAACCCAUUUCUAAAGUUAACAAUAUGUUUUACACAGUCGUCACUGUAAAGAAUCUAAUUUUAUAAAACUAAUCAAGUGUUUGUUUGUUUGUUUAUUUGUUAUGACCAGAGCAUCAUGAUGACAAGCCACAGAUCUCAAGAAGGCUCUUUAGAAAAAAAUGUGUAUAGCUUAUUAAUAUAUAUUAUAUUAUAUAUAUAACAUUUAACUACAAUUAUUAAACAUGUUUUCUUAUGUGAUUUUUUAAAAGCAUUACAUAUGCGAUUAUACUUUUAUGAAAAGUUACUGAUGAGUUUUCAAAUAAAUUUACAGGGUGCGGUAAAAGUUCUGCAACACAGGGAUUGUUACUUGUGUACACAAUUCCCAAAUUGUCGUUUAGCAGAACAAACAGAACGCAAUCCAGAAAAGGAAGGUGGAACAUUUAGCAAAACAAGUCUGUUUCUGUCAGCUCUCACAGAAUCAUGCCUUUAGCUGUCCAACUUUUGGCCAACUCUUUAAUAAAACUAUGAUG